AUGGCGGAACGCAUCCUGCUAAACGAAUACAAGAGCCUGGCCAAGGAGCCCUGGGUGAACAUCGAGCUGAACGAAGAAGACAUUUUCAACUGGACCAUCGGCCUGAUCGUCCUCAACCCAGACUCCCUCUACUACGGCGGCUACUUCAAAGCGUCGAUGAAGUUCCCAAAGAACUACCCCUAUUCGCCUCCUGAGUUCCGCUUCCUGCGCCCCCUCUACCACCCCAACAUCUACCAAGACGGCAAACUCUGCAUCUCGAUCCUGCACGCCCCCGGCGAAGACGAGAUGUCCGGCGAGCUUGCCUCGGAGCGCUGGUCGCCCGCGCAGCGCGUCGAGUCCGUCCUCAUCUCCAUCCUGUCCCUCCUCGAUGAUGCCGAGGUCUCGUCGCCCGCCAACGUCGACGCCGGCGUCAUGCUGCGCAAGGAGCCCGAGCGCUACAAGGCCAUCGUGCGCAACAACGUCGAAGAGUCGAAGCGGGAUAUCCCCGAGGGGUUCGUCAUGCCCACCCACCAGUCCACGGCGGCCGUCAAGCCGGUCGAAAAGGACGACUCGGAUUUCUGGGCGGAGAGCGAUAUUGACGACGAUGUGUUUGGUGGGAGCGACUCGGACGAGGACUUGAAUGUCGACGAUCAGGAUAGCGGCAGUGAUGAGGAUGAUGACGACGAGAAGGCCUGA